GAAACACAGCAACUCAAGGUUAACAGGAAGUGGCUUGUUGACACAGACACUGAGUUAGCUUAGCGGCGGUGUUCAGGAGCAUGUUUAUGCGUUUUAGAGAUAGAUUUGCCGAUGUGACAGCGACUUCAUUCCUGCCUUCUCGGAGACAGCUAAUACAAGACCAAAACCAACGCUUGCUCAGAUAGUGAAGGUAAUUUGCUUUAAAAAAAAACUUGACAUCGAGCGAGCUAGCAUUCAUUAUGUUGAAUGAAAGGCUACUCAGAUUAAAGCUAACAUAACACCGCUGCUGUUACACUCACGGUUCUGCUGCUCGACACAGACUGUGGUCAGCUCCUUUAACCGACAGAAACUUCUGGAAACGUGUGUUUUGUUUUUGUUGUUGCCCAAAUGUUUUUUAUAUGGUUACCUGCAAGUCUUUGACAGCGAUGAUGAGAUGCCAAAGCGCUCCAUAAUCUGAAAUGGAUGAAACCAUAGACACCGCUGCUGGCGAAAACAUAAAAGUUACCGCUAAAGCAAAGAAGAAUGGGAGAACCUCGUUGCUGGACAGCGGGGAGGACUUUGAGGUUUUGAAUGAAGACCUCGAAGAUGAUGAGCCCCCUCCGUUGGAAGAUGCAGGGGGUCUAACGACCCAAAAAGAGCAAGACGAACAUGAGAGUCCACUGGAUUCAAGUCCUGCAGAAGAAUGGCAGGAUGUUCUAGGUAACGAUCAUCUGAAGAAAAAAGUACUGGUGCCAGGUAAAGGACGAGACAGUAGACCACAAAGAGGACAAAAUGUUAAAAUAAAUCUGAAAACUGCUCUUAAUGAUGGCACCAUCGUAGUGGAGAGAUCUGACCUAUCGUUCACUUUAGGAGAUGGUGAUGUCAUUCAGGCACUUGACCUCACAGUGCAGCUUAUGGAAUUGGGAGAAAAAGCUCUAGUACUUACUGAUGCAAAAUAUGCAUAUGGUUCUCAAGGAAGUUUUGAUCCUGAGGUCCCUCCAAACGCUGAGGUCUUGUUGGAGGUGGAAUUGCUGGAGGCCACUGAUUCCCCAGACCUAGAAUUACUGCCCCCUAAAAAAAAGAUUGCCCUGGCUGAUCAUAAAAGAGAAAGGGGCAAUGUCCACUAUCAGCGUGGGGAUUAUGCUUUUGCUGUGAACUCUUAUAGCAUAGCCAUGCAAAUAACAGAUUCUAGUUCAAAAGUUGAUAUAACUACUGAAGAAGAAAAUGAACUUGUAGAUGUCAAAGUUAAAUGUUUAAACAAUAUGGCUGCUGCUCAGCUUAAACUUGAUCACUACGAUGCUGCUCUUAAAUCCUGCAUCUCAGCACUGUCACACCAACCAGAUAAUGUGAAAGCACUUUUUCGAAUGGGAAAGGUUUUGGCCUUGCAAGGUAAAUACACAGAAGCUAUUCAAACUUUGAGGAAAGCACUGAAGUUGGAACCCAGCAAUAAGACUAUACACGCAGAGCUUUCCAAACUUGUGAAGAAGCAUUCUGAGCAGAAGGGUGCAGAGCAGGCUAUGUAUAAGAAGAUGUUGGGAAACCCUUCCAGUUCCAGAAGCAGUAUACAGAAACAUAAGGCAAAAUCGUCAUGGGGUCUCAGUUGGAAAUGGUUAUUUGGAGCCACUGCUGUAGCUAUUGGUGGUGUAGCAUUAUCUGUUGUCAUUGCUGCUAGAACCUGAACCAAGCCUGUGGUAAUGACCUAGCCCAAUCUUGACAGGAGAAAGCCUAUAUUCGGAAGCACAUCGGGUCAUCAUACCUUUUAAUCUGAGUUGUCCAUAUAGAUGCCACUGAUGGGUUGCCACUUGACUCUUCUCUCUGCUAUGCUUGAGAUUUACAAGUGUUACAAAUCUCAAAUUUGCUAUUUGGGAGAUGCACAAAUAAGAUGUGUAAUUGUAUGCAUGUGUUUAUCA